GGGAGAUGGCCUUCCCGUAAUUUGGGACUUUCUGGAUAAGGGAUCCCAUACCUGUAUUUGUUGUAGUUCCAGUCCCUCAGAUGUCUGACGUAACUAGAUGUUACUGGGCCCCACAGCCAAUUCAAUUUUGGGCCUAUUACAUUAGUAAGUUGACCUAUUCUAUCAAGAUAUAUUAAAAAUGUUCAAUAAUUAGGACCUCGCUGGCCCCCCUACAUUACUGGGCCCCCCUGCAACCUCAGGGUCUGCAGUCUCUGUAGUUACGCCCCUUCCUUUAUCUCUACGUGGGGAGGUUCCAUCAGUAACGUAUCUUAUUCUGGUUAUUAUAGGCCCUUCUAAUACCCUUAUCAUUGCUCCCUGGUUACUGCCACGUUACCAUACUUGGGGGUCCUUUUGCAGCUCCAAAUCCCCGUCCCUGUUCCAAUCCCCCUCAUUGCUGCCACCUUGGCUUCCUUGCCCCCUGUCUAACUGCUGGUGGGGCUAUGUUGGGGUCUUCAACAAGGAGAAACCCUGAAUUCCUUCACCCUCACAGACCUGAUUGGGCCAUUAAGCAACGUCUUGGAUCCCCUCGGGGUAGAGCGGACCCCCAUUCAGUUCCCAAUGCUCAGGCUAUGAAAGAAUAUAUUGCCAAGGGUUUUAUAAGAACAUUUAUUCUAAGGUCAUUCCCAGCCAGGUCCCCUAUAUCUCUGGGGCCCUCCAACAGUCAUACGGUCUGGUUCCUCUACAGUUAUGGUCCUGGCUCUAUGGAAACCGUACCUUCUUCUCCACUAUGAUGUAGAGACCACCAGGUCAACCCUACACCAUUGCCUUGGUCCUGGUAUGACUGGUAUUUCACAAGGGAACCCAGACGGACCCCCCAGGCCCAGUAGAACUAAAUGGAUCCCUGUGAUAAAGUGCCCCAAUGCGGUACAUAAACCAUAAUACCACACAGGGUUCACUUCACGUAACUAAGGAGAAUGUACAUAGCGUUAAUGACUUUGACGAUAGUAUGUUACCGCUUGCAGAUGGUCCUCUUGUGUUGCUCGGAUAUAGGAACGGAGUUGCCGUGUUCGUCUGGAACGUGCGUUUCAUGCUGCCUGUCUGGUAGUUUGAAUUUCUAACAUUCCUUUAGAAUAUGUGAGAUUGGUAUUCAGUGAGCAUUACCUCAGGGGGCGUAUCCAAUACUGUAUAUAUAUAUAUAGGUCUAUAGGGCUCAAAGCUGUCGGAGCAAGGUAUCAGGCAUGGACGUUCCCCGAGCCUCUGGCUGUUACCCCAUACUGAAUGAGCCUCCUCCACCAUAUGGUUCUGUGUAUAUCGACCCUCCUGCCUAUGAGCCUCCGGACCCAUCAUCCCCAACAUACUCUGCUCCUCCAAGCCUUCAUCUCAGCUGCCCGUUGCCUCCAUACGAGCCGUCUCCUCAAUCCUCAACUACCAUCAACAGGUCUUCUGAACCAUGUCCCCCGGCCUACUCCGAGCAUCCACCGCCAUAUUGCAUUACCAGUACUUUUUCUCUCCAAGCCCCAACAUUGGAUCUCUCACCGGUACCAAGUGUCCAAGAGGAUCCAUCACUGUGGGAUGAACUUGCGGUGGAAAAGAAAACAAAUAACUGUUUCAUGGCUUGGUCCAUUAUCAUCUUCAUCCUCUUCCCCCCAAUUGGGUUGGUUUCCAUCAUCUACACCAUCAAGAUGAGAAAUCUCAUCCGUGAAGGGGAACUUGAGCAAGUGGACAAGUUGUGUGGGACUUUGAUUAAACUGAAUCUGAUAGGACUAAUAGGCGCCUUCCUAAUGGCCGUCGCGCUCUAUAUCCUCGUCCCUGUUCUCUGCACUUUGGGCCGAGAGGAUUAAUUAUGCGAGGGAAGCGCGGAACCGGCACGGAACUGGCACGGAACUGGCACAGACGGAACCGGCUGAAUUCUGCUUCUGGCCCAAUAGAGCUUUGGCUCUUUGUCUAGAGACCGUGGCAAUGGGCGGCGAGACCCGGGGGGGGCAGGUUGGCACUUUAGAGCUGGCACUGUAGGGGGCACAGAGACUGACACAGAACCUGAUCCGUAAGGUAUUGGGCAGUGCCCAACUGACUGCCCCAGGAGUAUACAGACAGUGACCUUUAUUCCAUUAAAGGGGAAGUAUGUUAUAGAAUGGCCAAUUCUAAGCAAUUUUUCAAUUGGUCUUCAUUA